AUGUCGCGGCUAGCGCCGAUGUCGCUGCUGACGUCGCCCCUGCUGCUACUGCUGCUACUGCUGUUGGCCGCCGCCGACGGCGCUGCGGCAUCCCUUCCCUGUCAGUCUACGAUUAUGCGUUUCGUCAAUGGGACAAUGCUUGACACGGCGAUGGUUCAGGUGCCUCUCAUCUCGCCUAAUGGUGACGGGCUCAACUUCUCAGUACUGGCCAUUGGUUGGGAUAUUGCAAUUAUGGUGCCUACGGGACUUGAUUUUGUACGAGCCGAGUUCCGGUGGUUCUUAGAGUCGGAGUUCAACGACCGCUUUGCGAUAACUGGUGGCUGCACCAUCCCCGAUUGGAACAUGAUGGUAGAAAACCAGGAGACGUACACCACCCGCUUUAACAUGGACAGCCAUUCUAUUUCUUACUUUGAAUUGAGUACCGGGCUUUGGUAUAAAUUAUACAACGCGCUUCCUUCUUGUGUGCCGGUUCCUCUAUAUUUGUUCGCUCCUGCGCCUGCUGGAAUGGAGGUUGACCACAUUUGGUUAAGUGUAGUUGUACAGCUGGACCCAUCACGGGACUUACAGGCGCUCGGAGAGACCUUGUACAACACAGUCAUGGCUAUUGAAGGCAUCUGUCCACCAAAUAUAUCAACCGGCUCUUGGAUAACUACAGGCACUGCGUACCGGGACGCGAGGGCUACUGUGACGGCACAGGCCGCUGUUGAUGGAACGAAAGCAAAUGGAACAGCAGCAUUAUUGGCGAUCAAGAACCAGCAGCAGGAUACGGCGGGCAGUCAUCGGCGUUUCAGCCUGGUCAUCAUCGCGGCAUCAGCCGUUAGCGGUGUAGUGGUUCUGAUGAUAUUGGUGGUGUUCGUGCUCGUCGUGUUGUACCGCCGCCGGCACCUCCGCAAGGAGCAGCAGCAACAGCAGACUGUGUGA